CCCAUCUGCCUGCCCGACUACACCAAGCCGCUGCCCCCCUGCCGCUCCGUCUGCGAGCGGGCCAAGGCCGGCUGCUCGCCCAUCAUGCAGCAGUACGGCUUCGCCUGGCCCGAGAGGAUGAGCUGCGACAGCCUGCCCGUGCUGGGGGACACCGAGGUGCUCUGCAUGGGAUACAACCACACGGAAGCCACCACCCUGCCGCCUUUCUUCGGGAAGCCCACGCGCCCGGCCAAGGACGUGGCCAAAAACCUGACGCCGCUCGGCGGGCAGCGCCCCUCGGGGCCGGACUGCGGCCGGACUUGCAAGUGCAAGGCGCCCCUGAUCCCCAUCUCCAAGGAGUCCCAUCCGUUGUACAACCGCAUCAGGACUGGGCAGGUGCCCAACUGUGCCAUUCCCUGCUACCAGCCUUACUUUACGCAGGAUGAGAAGACCUUCGCCACCUUCUGGAUCGGCCUCUGGUCCAUUCUCUGCUUCCUCUCCACCUCCACCACCGUGGCCACCUUCCUCAUCGACAUGGAACGUUUCAAGUACCCUGAGCGCCCCAUCAUCUUCCUCUCUGCUUGCUACCUCUUCGUCUCCGUGGGCUACAUCGUGCGGCUGGUGGCAGGGCAUGCCAACGUGGCUUGCAACCCGGAGCACCACCACAUCCACUAUGAGACCACAGGUCCUGCCCUCUGCACCGUGGUUUUCCUUCUCCUCUACUUCUUCGGCAUGGCCAGCUCUAUCUGGUGGGUCAUUCUGUCCCUCACCUGGUUCCUGGCAGCUGGCAUGAAGUGGGGCAAUGAGGCCAUCGCUAGCUAUGCCCAGUACUUCCACCUGGCUGCCUGGCUCAUCCCCAGCGCCAAAUCUAUCGCUGUACUGGCACUCAGCUCCGUGGAUGGCGACCCAGUGGCCGGGGUUUGCUACGUGGGCAAUCAGAGCCUGGAGAACCUGCGGGGCUUCGUGCGGGCACCGCUGGUGGUUUAUCUCUUUACUGGCAGCCUCUUCCUGCUGGCCGGCUUCAUCUCGCUCUUUCGCAUCCGCAGCGUGAUCAAGCAGGGCGGCACCAAGACUGACAAGCUAGAGAAGCUGAUGAUCCGCAUUGGCAUCUUCACUGUGCUCUACACCGUGCCCGCUACCAUCGUCAUCGCCUGCUACAUCUACGAGCAGCACAACCGUGAGGCGUGGGAGCGGGCGCAGAACUGCUCCUGCCCGGGGGACCCCCACCGCCCCAAGCCCGACUACGCCGUCUUCAUGCUCAAGUACUUCAUGUGCCUUGUGGUGGGCAUCACCUCCGGUGUCUGGAUCUGGUCCGGCAAAACACUCGAGUCCUGGAGGCGCUUCACAGCCCGCUGCUGCCAGGCCAGGAAGCCAGCGGGUGCCUCUGUGUAUGGCGAGGCCAGCCCGGCGCUGGCAGGCAGGACAGUGCUGCCCAGCAUGGCCUCCUACCACAAGCAGGUCCCACUGUCCCACGUGUGA